GGCGGCAUAUCAAAGUCACCGUCCGAUUGAAUCUUUAGAGCACAAUUGGAAGGGUGCGGCAUAAAAUCAAACCAUGAUACGAUAAAGGAGCCAGUAUCUCAUAUCCUCCAUCCAUCCUCACCAUGGCGGCCCCAACCCCCACCUCGCCCAUCAAAAUCCUCAUGCUCCACGGCUUUACCCAAUCUGGCCCCCUCUUCCGCGCCAAAACCCGCGCCCUCGAGAAGAACCUCCAGAAAGCCUUUCCCGCCGGCGUCACCCUCUCCUAUCCGACCGGGCCAAUCCGCCUCGCGCGCGCCGAGAUCCCGAGCUUCGACAAUCCCUCCGCCACCUCCGAAGCGCCGAAAGACAAUGCCGGACAACUCGAGGAUGACCUAGAUGCCUGGGGUUGGUGGAAGCGAAAGGCGAAUACGGAUCCGUUUGUGUGUGAGGGGUUGGAGCUGGGGAUGGGGAGGGUGGCGGAGGUCCUGGAGGCAGAGGGGCCGUUUGAUGGGGUAAUUGGGUUCUCGCAGGGUGGCGCGAUGGCGGCGAUGGUGGCGGCGCUGUUAGAAGAGGGAAGGGGAGAGGCGGUCAGGAAGCAUGAGAAGGAUGGCGGGAUUCGCUUUCCGGAAAUGUUGGAGAAACGAGACGGUGAUGUGAGCCGCACGAUCCACCCGCCUUUCAAGUUCGCGGCGUGCUAUAGCGGAUUCAAGCUGCUGCAUCCGAUGUAUAAGGGAUACUACGAGCCAUCGAUCAAGACCCCCGUGCUUCAUUUCCUGGGGAGCCUGGAUACGGUGGUCGAUGAGAAGAGGUCGUUGGCGUUAGUGGACGUCUGCGAAGGGGGACGACAGAAGUUGGUGUAUCAUCCAGGCGGCCACUUCCUACCGAGCAGCCAGCGACAGUUCGUUGGGGCUCUGAUUGCAUUCAUGAAGGAGGCACUGGCGACUCCUGGCGACGACGAGGAGGAGAAGGCGGAAGAUAUGGAUCUCCCAUUCUGAAGAUGCUUGUGAACAUCUCUACCUCGGAGCAUUAGAGAAUGGUGCAGUCAGAUCACCGAGUUGCCUUCCCGCGUAAAACAAGAUACCUGAAGAUUACCAAUCAGACCCAUCCCGACUGAGUGGCAGGAUUAACAAGCUGAAGGGCUUGUGGGCAUGGACGUCUUUCAAGUAAAGCCAGUACAGGUAGUAGACUGGGAUAUAUGAGAACUGGAAUAGAUGAAGAUCGCCUACAGGACGUCCCAUAUGGUAAUUGUACGAUGCCUCACACUUCCACUUACGGCUUGCUGGUUCUCCUCAACGAUGUGAUAGAUAUUAGCCAGAACGCGAUGGCUAUUUAGGCAAGACACAUAGAAACUUGCUCUUGUAAGAAUAGGGCACGCUUAUAUUUAU